AUGAAACCCUUCCAAGGAAUAACAUUUUGUCCGACUGCAAUAAAUAAUGAAAUCUUAUCUAAAAAAAUAUCAAAGAAAAUUAUCAAGCUUGGUGGCAUAUUUUCAAAAGAUUUGACUAGACAAGUUAAUGUUCUUGUUGUUGGGUCCACCACCAAUACGAACAAAUUCAAAUUCGCGGUGAAGCAUAGAUUCGAUAUCAUAUUUGUUGACAUUCAAGCCAUUGAUGACAUUUACCAGCUCUGGCUGUCUGGAGAAAACAUACUACCAGACCCCAGUAUGUUGAAGAUGACGGGAUCCACUCAUGAGAUGCUGAAGAUACUUUACCAGCGAUUUUCGUAUAAGUAUAUGCAGAAUUUUAACAUCUUCAUUGGCAGAAUAAACGAUACUAAAACAACUUCUAUCGAUUCAUUGGUUAGGAGCAUUAGAAAGUUAGGCUGUUCGAAUUAUAACUAUCAAAAUUUUGUGAUCAAAGAUACCUCUUCACAUAACGACGAUGACCAAGAUCAGAAUGGGCAGAUAUCCAUUUUUGUCACAGAUACGUUAUCAGGAGCAAGAGUUAAUGCUGCUAUCGAUCAAAAUCUACCUAUCGUACAUUUUAAAUGGGUUCUCGAUUGCCAAAGGAGAAACGCGCUGUUGCCGUAUGACCCCUACUAUCUUUUACCAAAGAUUAAAGACUUGCCCUUUGAUUCAAUCGGAUCAAACUCCUGCGAUUGCUGGGAUAAAAUAAAUACUACCUUUCCAACGAAUAUCGAUGUUCAAUCCUUCCUGCUGCCACAACAAUCUUCCAGUACGCUAACUCCUUCGCUCCCGAAAACUUCCUUUCUUUUGAAUAAAUUUAAACCAAAGGGUGAAAAGAUAUGGGACAAGGCAAUGUCUCUACAGCAGCAUAGUAAGACAAAUUUCUCUGUACUGGGACAGUCAUCAUUAUCAAUAAAUAAUAAUCAGGAAGAUUUGAACGAUAAGGUUACUUUGAUUUUUAAUAAUUGCACAUUUGUCAUUCAUCAUAAUUUUCCUGCCAAUCACCGUUCAAUACUAACCAAAAUCAUCGUUCAAAAUGGAGGAAAAAUUGAAGCAUCUUACUUGGGUGGUGUGUACGAACAUUCUUAUUAUAUCAUUCCAAGCGAUAAAGCUCUUGACUCCUUUAAUGAUUUACCUGACUUUAUAGAUGAUAACGACGGCUUAGUCACAGAAUUUUUUAUUGAACGCUGCUUGUAUUAUCAAAAACUACUACAUCCAAUAGAUUCGUGGUCGAAACCUUUUCUCAGCACAACAGAUUUUCAAGUUUCGUCUUCUUCAAAAUUACUGCAUCACGACAUUUCUCCUUCACCUUUUCUAAAUGUUACCAUUACUGGAUUCUCUGGUGUAGAGCUGUUACAUUUGACUAAAAUUUUAAGUCUUUUGAAACCAAUGGGUAUUAAUUAUGUAGAAUACCUUAAUAAAUCGACUGAUAUCCUGCUAAUCAACUUAGCAGCUUUACCUAGUAUCCCGAAAACCCACCCGUUAUGGUCUAAUGAAUUUACUGAUCUUUUUACUCAGUUUUACAAUAAUAACACUAAUGAUGACCUUGAUAAUAAUAACAAGAAAGAUUUUCAGAAUAAUCCGAUCUUGAGAAACUCAAUGAAAAGAAAGAUCGAAUAUAUCAAAAAAUUCCACUCCAUACCGGUGGUUACACCAGCAUUUAUUUUUAAAUUAUUAUCCGCUGCAUCUGGAGAAAAUAAUGAAAUUUUUCUAAAUAAUAUCAAGUGGUGUAUUAUUUGCCCAAGAGGACACAAGGACGAUUUCAAAUGUAAAAUAAAAAAAUCACAUCAUAUCAGCUUUAGUUCAGAAAAAAAAUACCAAAAUAAUGACCCAAAAAUCGACAAAACUAUUCUUUUGAAGAGAAAUAACUCCUCACUAUCAGAACACUCUAUAAAAGAUACGAAAAACGAGUUAUUGCAAAAAAUCAGAGAAACUGAUUCUGAAAGGAAAAAGCGUAGUGUUUCAUCGACCGUCGUGGAUAUUUCUCCAGAAGCUCAGAUGUCGGAUCCGAAGAGGAUCAGGUUGGAAUCACUGCCAAAGAAUUUCGUUCCCAAACAAAUUAAGCGAACAACGAGUUGGGGGACAAUAAUGUCAGAAAAUGUGCCUACAGAUCAGCCAACUGCAAAUCCUAAACCAGAAGAGAUGCCAAUAACCGAGGAGCCUUCUCAUACUCAAGUUACCUAUGGCUCCAUUAAAGAUAAGAAACGCGCUGCUUCUUUGGAAAAACCUAUAAGACGGCAUACGAGAAAUCAGACGAAGGAAUUAGAUCCUUGA